AAAAAUGUGCGAAUGUUUAAACAAGCACGGCCAAGACUGGAUGGUCAACAGACACUGCAAUGGUUGGAUAUGUGGAUUGCAUCCAGGAUUCAUGGAGCUGAGAUCGUGUGUGGAUCUAUGGUUCUCCAGCCAAGUCAACGAAAACAGAACCCGAAAUUACUUCUUCGUGACGAUGAUCAGGGAUCCAGUGGCCCGGUUUAUCAGCGAGUGGCUUCAUGUUAGGCGAGGAUCCACCUGGAAAGAGAGCAGGCUCUACUGUGAUGGGAGGGACGCAACGAUGCAAGAGGUGCCUUUCUGCUUCAAGUAUGGAUCGUGGAAGCACGUCAGCUUCGAGAACUUCGUGAAUUGCUC